AUGGCAUGGGGCGAGGAUUCCCUGAGGGUCAUCUUGCCUCUCUCCAGAGGUGCGGAGCUUGUUGACAUACCAUCAGCGCUCAUCAAGCCAGCUGAGAGUCACUCGCACUCCUCAUGGAACAUAGUAAAGAGUUGGAGCUGCAACAACAGCUCCGAGGGAGUCGAUGGUAGUCUUGGCAUGGUGAAGAAUGGAAACCUCCAGGCCGAUGUUGCUUUCGACGGUGUGGUGGAGUUCACGCGAAUCAGCGAUGGGAAAGUCGUUCUGAAUGAGAUUUCCAGAGUGUCAAAGCCCUCCACGGUCUCUUCCGAGUUGUUCAUGGUGAGGCAAGCGUUCGACUCGACACCACACGAAAGGAUCUUUGGGUUCGGAGAACACAAAUCUGGCCAGAUAAAUCGCAAGGGUUUGACGUACGAUUUUGAACAGUGCACGGAGUACCGCUACAGCCAAGGCGGUCAGGUGUGUUUACCAUUCAUUGCAGGAAUAACACCAUCAGCCAAGGCAGCUGAUAACUGCCUGGACUAUGGGUUGCUGUGGAAUAUGCCAGGCUAUGGAAAUGUUUCGUUCGAUGAUAGUGCCACAAUCUGGACAGCGUUUGCUGCAGCUCAAAUUGACUAUUUCGUGACGGUGGCAUCGGAGGGGUCUACAGGCGCACAGUGCAAUGCAGACAUCAGCUCACACUACGUGGAUGCAUCGGGUCAUGCUCCCGUUCUGCCAGAGUGGGCAGCCGGCUACUGGCACAGCAAGAACAGGUACGCCAGCCAGGCCGAUCUGCUUGCCGCGGCAAAAGAGUUUCACGAGCGUGAGAUCCCCGUGGACAUCAUCGUCAUCGAUUACCAGCACUGGCAGUACAUGGGAGACUGGACGUUCGACCCGCACGCCUGGCCAGAUCCCCAGUCCAUGGUGGACACUAUACAGGGAACGUACAGCAUGCGUAUCAUGGUGUCCGUGUGGCCGCAGACCAUGAGCAAAAGCAGCAGCUUUGCGGCGAUCAACUCCUCCGGCUAUGGCGUGCAGAACGGAACCCAGGGAGUCGCCAUUGACUGGCCCAACAGUAUCUGCCCUACGCCGUGUAUACUGUACGACCCUUCACAGGCGGCAGCAAGGGAAUAUGUUUGGAGUCGUAUACAGCAAGGGUACAUGAAAUAUGGGAUUCACGUAUUCUGGCUGGAUGGAUCAGAACCACAGACGGCGGACGGUAGCCCCGUAGGCGCCCGUUACAAAGUGGGCUACGCCGAGAAAGUCGGUAUGACGUUUCCGUUCUUCCACUCUCGCACAUUCCACGAUGGACAAGUCGCCGAGAAGCAGCAGCCGUUGAUGCUGCUGCGCUCCGGCUGGGCAGGGCAGCAGAGGUACGGUGGUGCAGUGUGGAGUGGAGACACACACUCACAGUUUGACGUUCUGCAGAAAUCUAUUGUGUCCGGUCUCAACAUUCAGCUGUCAGGCAUUGCCUGGUGGACAACUGAUAUUGGUGGCUAUUCGGGAGGUAAUCCCAAGGACGCCGAGUUCAACGAGCUGAUUGUACGUUGGUUUCAGUAUGGUGCCACUUGCCCGUUAUUCCGACAACACGGUGCCAGACCCACUGAACCAUGGCUGCUGAGCAAUGCCAGUUAUGAUUUGGUCAUACAAGUCAUCAAACUCAGGACAUCUUGGCGCCCGUACGUCAUGGAUGCUAUGCAACAAGUGAACAAAACUGGUCUUCCCGUACAGCGACCAUUGUGGUAUGAUUUCCCAGCAGACAUGAACACCUGGACAAUAGAGGAUCAGUACAUGUUUGGUGCAAGUUUGAUGGCCGCACCAGUCUACACGUACCAGGCACGUAACCGCACUGUCUACUUUCCGACUGGAUCAAAAUGGCAGCACUACUUCACCAAUGUGACGUAUGCCGGUGGAUCUAACGAAACCAUUGCUGCUCCACUGGAGAACUUUCCGCUGUUCAAGCGUGUUGAUGGAGCGGCAUGGCCACAUCCUAUUGAUCCUUGA